ACUGUAGUUGAGCACUACAGCAGGAGUUGUAGAAAUGGCAGUCAACAAGUCUGUAGUUCUGUUUGGUUUGGUUUUGGCCUCUCUCCUGCUCGGCUUCCAGGAUGUUGUGUAUGCCAGGGAGCUCACUGAAGCCAAUGACUCUGGAGUGAAGAAUGUGAAGCCUGCAGGAGACCCUGGACUCAAGGAUGAGAAAUGGUUUGGUGGAUACAAGCAUGGUGGUGGAGGGUAUGGAAACAAUCAGCCUGGAUAUGGCGGCGGAAACAACCAGCCUGGGUAUGGUGGUGGAGGAUACAUGCCUGGGUAUGGUGGAGGAUACAAAUACAAGCACCAUGAGCAUGGUGGUGGCUACGGGUCUGGAUAUGGAGGCCCUGGAUGUGGAUGUGGAGGUGGGUAUGGCAGUGGCCCGGCCCCGGGAUAUGGAGGUGGCAAUGGUGGUGGCACUGGUGGAGGAAAUGGCAAUGGUGGUGGGUACGGGGGAGGUGGGGGUUACGGAGGCGGAUCCGGUAGUGGUACUGGCACUGGUACAGCACCAGGAGGUGGAUAUCAUGGUGGUGCAGGACACUAUGGUGCGCGAAACUAAGAAGAACAACUCAUGCUAGUUUAUGUUCAUGUGACUGAACAAUGUAAGCAGUGAGGGAUCUUGUCUCGUGUUAUUUGUGUUAUCAUUUGUAUUAGUUGUUUAUGUCGAACUUGUUGCAUAUGGAGAUGCGAAAAGCAUGCAGACAAACAUGAGCAAACCAUGCUUGCUAGUCCACUAGAAGAGCAGUUUAUUCUAGCAUCUUCCGUCGCCUUGGCACUGCGCUUUUGCUUCCAGUUGCUCAGAAGAAUCAGCUAAGUUCUGCAUGCUGCAUUGAGGUUGAGGCGUUCUUUUUAUAUACAAAACAAUGCAAGGAA